AUGGUUGUCGACACAGCAUAUUACGACACGCUGGGCGUGAAGCCCACCGCCACCGAUAUUGAAAUUAAGAAGGCCUACCGCAAGCUGGCCAUCGUCCACCACCCUGACAAGAACCCCAAUGACCCCACCGCCCACGAAAAGUUUCAAGAGAUCGGUGAAGCCUACCAAGUCUUGUCCGACAAGGACCUCAGAGCCGCCUACGACAAGUAUGGCAAGGACCAUGCCAAACCCCAGGAGGGCUUCACCGACCCCGCCGAGUUCUUCACCACCAUCUUUGGCGGCGACGCCUUCGUUGAUUGGAUCGGCGAGAUCAGCCUGAUGAAGGAUCUGACUGCGACGAUGGACAUCACGAUGCAUGAGGGUGAGGAAGGCGCCGAGGGCGCAGAGGGCGCAGAGGGUGCCGAGGGCGAGUUCCCCGGCACGGAUGAGGCCAAGAAGGAGAGCAUGAAGACCGCUGCCGACGCGGAGAAGGCUGGCCCCAGCGCCGCCGCCACUGGCACCGCCAACGCACCACCCCCCGCCGUUGUGGUCGAAGACGAGAAGGAAAGGCUCAAGGCCCGAGACGCAGCCGAAGCCACCGCCGCCUCCUCCAAGGGUGGUGCCGCUCCCACUGUCGAAGACGCAGCCCCGCCGCCCCCCUACCAGAGAGAACCGUCGCCCAGCCCGUCCGGCACCUCAGCCUCAAAACGCACACAGAUCCCUCUCCGCCCCGCGCUGAUGGACCGUCCGUCCGACGAGGUCGCUGCCAACGCCGAGACGGAGGAGUCGCUGCGCAAGAAGGAGAAGAAGAAGGGUCUGACAAAGGAGCAGCGCGAGCAGCUUGCGGCGUACGACAAGGAGCGCGCCCGUGUGCGCCAGGAGCGUGUUGACACCCUCGCCCGCAAGCUCCUCGACCGGAUAAGCGUGUGGACCGAGACCGACAAGGGCCCCGACGUGACCAAGUCGUUCCAGGAGAAGACGCGCCUUGAGGUGGAGAACAUGAAGAUGGAGUCGUUCGGCCUCGACAUCCUGCACGCCAUCGGCCAGACAUACCUCGCCAAGGCGACGGCAUUGCUCCGUAGCCAAAAGUUCCUCGGCAUCGGCGGCUUCUUUAGCAGAGUCAAGGACAAGGGAACCAUUGUCAAGGAGACAUGGAACACCAUCAGCAGCGCCAUCGACGCUCAGCAGACCAUCGAGGAGAUGGCGCGCAUGGAGGAGAAGGGCGGCUCUGAGUGGUCCGAGGAGGCCAAGGCCGAGUACGAGAGACGGGUCACGGGCAAGAUCCUGACGGCGGCGUGGCGCGGUUCCAAGUUCGAGAUCCAGAGCGUGCUGCGCGAGGUGUGCGACGCCGUUCUUAACGACAAGAAGGUGCCUCUCUCUAAGAGGCUGGAGCGUGCUGAGGCGCUCGUGAUUAUCGGCGAGAUCUUCUCCAAGGCGCAGCGCUCGCCCGAGGAGGAGGGCGACUAUCUCGUCUUCGAGCAGCUCGUCGCCGAGGCGGCCAUCAAGAAAGAGAAGAAGAAGGGCAAGAAGCACGAGCAUGCCCACGCGGCAGAAGUGGCGGAGGAUGCACCGAACGUUCCCAAGCCCGAGAAGUCGUAG